GCUCGGCUUCCCUGGCGGUUGGGUAUGUCAUGUGCUCGUGCUGUCUGUGGAGAAGGCUCCUGUACGGCUGCCUGCCUCGACAGGAGGAGAGUCCGUGCGAGCUCACAAGUGCAGGGGAACGGUUGUGAACAGCUGCGUAUUUUGUAUACGAAUAUUUUCUGAACUUGGUCUCUCACUGAGAUUUGAAUGUCAGUUUUGCCGUAGCCCUUGAGAAUGGGCUAUCAUGGAAACAUCUUUUGGGUUACAUUAUAAAUCUUUUUAAAACCUGACUGCUUGGAGAAAAGCUAGGAAAACGCUGUAUUUCAUUUCCCCUUUGUGCGUUCUCUGUCCCACAUGUCUUGAUCGGAAAAAUUGGAGAAUCUUGCAGACUUUACAACUGGGUAUGUCUUGGCUGUCUCUCACACAGUCAUGCUUUCUUGUAGUGGUGCUGGCAGUUAUUUGAACCAACAGGGAUCAGGCAAACUCUGGCACUUUCACGUGCUGCAUCUGUCUGAGGAAGAGUACCACAAAGCAUAAAUAUUCAAGAGUAUACCUUUUUCCAUCUUUGUAGGAGUUGCUCUAGAGGGAGGAGAAAACAAGUGAUUCAUUGAUGGUCUAGAGACUUGGAGAAAGGUGGAGUUUACAGAGUCCAGAAAAGGAGUAAUCCAUGCUGAAGAGGCUCCAUUCAUACAGAUGAACCAAGGGUUGAGGCAGCACUUUAAACCCAGAUAGUCGGUCGGCUAACUGCCCAGCAGGAUGCCAUCAACCAGCCGAGCGGGCAGCCUGAAGGACCCAGAAAUUGCAGAGCUCUUCUUCAAAGAAGAUCCAGAAAAGCUCUUCACCGAUCUCCGAGAGAUUGGCCAUGGAAGCUUUGGAGCAGUUUAUUUUGCACGUGAUGUGCGCACCAAUGAAGUGGUGGCCAUCAAGAAAAUGUCAUAUAGUGGGAAGCAAUCCAAUGAGAAAUGGCAGGAUAUUAUUAAGGAAGUCAAGUUCCUCCAAAGAAUAAAGCACCCUAACAGUAUAGAAUACAAAGGCUGCUAUUUGCGGGAGCAUACAGCAUGGCUUGUUAUGGAAUAUUGUUUAGGCUCAGCAUCAGACUUACUAGAAGUUCAUAAAAAGCCAUUGCAAGAAGUGGAAAUAGCAGCAAUUACCCACGGUGCUCUCCAGGGAUUAGCAUACUUGCAUUCUCACAAUAUGAUCCAUAGAGAUAUCAAGGCAGGAAACAUCCUGCUGACAGAGCCAGGACAGGUGAAACUUGCAGACUUUGGAUCUGCUUCCAUAGCAUCUCCUGCCAAUUCAUUUGUGGGGACGCCAUAUUGGAUGGCCCCAGAAGUAAUUUUAGCCAUGGAUGAAGGGCAAUAUGAUGGCAAAGUAGAUGUUUGGUCUCUUGGAAUUACCUGUAUUGAGUUAGCGGAAAGGAAGCCUCCUUUGUUUAAUAUGAACGCAAUGAGUGCCUUAUAUCACAUAGCGCAGAAUGAAUCCCCUACACUACAGUCUAAUGAAUGGUCUGAUUAUUUUCGAAACUUCGUAGAUUCUUGCCUCCAGAAAAUUCCUCAAGACAGGCCUACAUCAGAGGAGCUUCUGAAGCACAUGUUUGUUCUUCGGGAGCGGCCCGAAACAGUGUUAAUAGACUUGAUUCAGAGAACAAAGGAUGCAGUGAGAGAACUGGACAAUCUGCAGUAUCGUAAAAUGAAGAAGCUCCUCUUCCAGGAGGCGCACAAUGGCCCUGCGGUUGAAGCACAGGAGGAGGAGGAGGAACAAGAUCAUGGUGUUGGCAGGACAGGAACGGUGAAUAGUGUCGGAAGUAAUCAGUCCAUUCCCAGUAUGUCUAUCAGUGCCAGUAGCCAAAGCAGUAGUGUUAACAGUCUUCCAGAUGCCUCAGAUGAUAAGAGUGAGCUGGAUAUGAUGGAGGGAGACCACACCGUGAUGUCAAAUAGCUCUGUCAUUCAUUUAAAGCCGGAGGAAGAAAACUACAGAGAAGAAUCAGAUCCUCGAACAAGGGCAUCAGAACCCCAGUCUCCUCCCCAAGUGUCUCGCCACAAGUCUCAUUAUCGCAACCGGGAGCACUUUGCUACUAUACGCACAGCAUCACUGGUGACAAGGCAAAUGCAGGAACAUGAGCAAGACUCUGAACUCCGAGAGCAGAUGUCUGGCUAUAAACGCAUGAGACGGCAACACCAGAAGCAACUGAUGGCAUUAGAAAAUAAACUAAAGGCAGAAAUGGAUGAGCACCGCCUCAGGUUGGACAAAGAUCUUGAAACACAGCGUAACAAUUUUGCUGCAGAAAUGGAAAAGCUAAUUAAAAAGCACCAAGCAGCCAUGGAAAAAGAGGCUAAAGUGAUGGCCAAUGAAGAAAAGAAGUUUCAACAGCAUAUUCAGGCCCAACAGAAAAAAGAACUGAAUAGUUUCCUGGAAUCCCAGAAGAGAGAAUAUAAGCUCCGUAAAGAGCAGCUGAAAGAGGAGCUGAAUGAAAACCAGAGCACUCCAAAGAAGGAGAAGCAGGAGUGGCUCUCCAAGCAGAAGGAGAAUAUCCAGCAUUUCCAGGCAGAAGAAGAAGCCAACUUACUGAGGCGUCAGAGACAGUACUUGGAGCUGGAGUGUCGCCGCUUUAAGAGACGGAUGCUCCUUGGCCGCCAUAAUCUGGAGCAGGACCUGGUUCGGGAGGAGUUAAACAAAAGGCAGACACAGAAGGACUUGGAGCAUGCCAUGCUGCUGCGUCAGCACGAGUCCAUGCAGGAGCUGGAGUUCCGCCAUCUCAGUACCAUCCAGAAGAUGCGCUGUGAGCUGAUCCGACUCCAGCACCAGACUGAGCUCACCAACCAGCUGGAAUACAACAAGCGCCGAGAGCGGGAGCUGCGGCGUAAGCACGUCAUGGAGGUCCGGCAGCAGCCCAAGAGCCUGAAGUCAAAAGAACUACAGAUAAAGAAGCAGUUUCAGGAUACAUGCAAGAUCCAAACCAGACAGUACAAAGCACUGAGAAACCAUCUGCUGGAGACCACGCCAAAGAGUGAACAUAAAGCUGUCCUCAAACGGCUCAAGGAGGAGCAGACCCGGAAGCUGGCUAUCCUGGCUGAGCAGUAUGAUCACAGCAUUAAUGAAAUGCUCUCUACACAAGCUCUGCGUUUGGACGAAGCACAGGAAGCGGAGUGCCAGGUUUUGAAGAUGCAGCUGCAGCAGGAAUUGGAGCUGCUGAAUGCAUAUCAGAGUAAAAUCAAGAUGCAGGCAGAAGCCCAGCAUGAUCGGGAGCUGCGUGACCUUGAGCAGAGGGUGUCCCUCCGCCGGGCCCUCCUUGAGCAGAAGAUUGAGGAGGAGAUGCUGGCAUUGCAGAACGAGCGUACCGAACGGAUACGAAGCCUCCUGGAGCGUCAGGCUCGCGAGAUUGAAGCCUUUGACUCAGAAAGCAUGAGGCUAGGUUUUAGUAAUAUGGUUCUUUCUAAUCUCUCCCCCGAGGCGUUCAGCCACAGCUACCCGGGAGCUUCUGGCUGGUCCCACAAUCCUACUGGGGGCGCAGGACCUCACUGGGGUCAUCCCAUGGGUGGCCCACCACAAGCUUGGGGCCAUCCAAUGCAAGGUGGACCUCAGCCAUGGGGUCACCCCUCGGGGCCCAUGCAGGGGGUACCUCGAGGUAGUGCUAUAGGGGUCCGCAACAGCCCCCAGGCUCUGAGGCGGACAGCUUCUGGGGGACGGACAGAACAGGGCAUGAGCAGGAGCACAAGUGUUACUUCACAAAUAUCCAAUGGUUCACACAUGUCUUAUACAUAACUUAAACAAUAACUGAGGGUGGCAAUUCCACUGGAGCUGUCUGCCAACAGAAACUGCCUACAGACACCAGCCCAGCAGCCUCCUCAGUGCGGUGCUGACGUGUGGAAGCUGGGUGCACAUGGAAUAUUGUAUUCAUUUUGUAAAGCAUUAUGUUUUGUGUUUACUAACUGGGAUGUCAUAGUAUUUGGCUGCAGGGUUGGGAGGAUUGGUUUUUUUGUUUGUUUGUCUAUUUGUUUUUACUUUUUGGAGGGGCCUUGGGAGGGCAUCUGAGAAAUAUAUGCAAUUAGUCAGAAGAGUUGGCUGGUGAUUGUCACACUGACGUGACAGAAGGGCCUCAGGCUGCCAUUGUCACACCAUCCAUAGGAAAUACCAGGGAGAGUGGAGACCUCCUCCCAUGUCCAUAAAUUUCUAACUGCCACCCUGCAAAAAACCAACGUCUAAGGGAGGAACAGCUGGAUCUUCUGUUCCAUUUUUAUUUGUCAUAAAUUAGAUACAUUUCUAGGGUAUUGCCUCUGCCAAGAGGCAUUUUCAGAGACUUGUAGGUGAGGAAGAAGGGUGAGAAGAGAAACCAAGAGACACCAGGGCUCAGCAGGGCCCUUCAACGCAAGUGCCCAGUCCGUGGUGUUUAAGAAGUGACAUUCUCUCAGAAGGCACUGGUCAGCUUCCCGAGAACUGCAUGGGUAAACCUGUCUGGAGGGAACAGGCUAGAAAUGUUCAAAGUUGUAUUCCUGCUUUGGCACUCCCUGACUGUGCUGCUGUUAGCUCAGAUGAGGUUGGGCAGAAAAGCAUAAGUAAUGCACUUGUACAGCUAAUACUGUGACAUCUCAUUUUAGCUAAGCAUCAGAAUAAUUCUUGGAGCCCAGCAUAGUCCUUUUUGCUCCAUUCAGAAAUGUUAGAUUUUCAGCCAAUCAAUCUCAAAUGCCAGAGGUAUUUUGAAGAAUGCCAUAGUCACAAAAUGCCAUUGAUUGGGUUUUCAUUAUUACACUACACCAACCAAUUUAUUACCUUUUUGGCUUGUUACAAUUUCCUGUUUACAUGUAGAGUGUAGCCAACUGUUUAAAUGUUUAGUUGCCACAGUGUACCAGGAGGAGCUGAGCCAAUGACUCUUUCCCAGUUGAUGACUAACCCACAUCACCACUGUAGAUCAUGCUGCAUGUAAGGCUCCUUUUUUUAUUAUUUUGGUUGCUGCAAUAUUUUACAACUUCUGCAGUCCCUUGAGAUGCUGUGAAUGUUCGGCAGCAUGUCACACCAUGCGAGAAGGCACUACUUCUGGAGGCUCCUUGGAGCUGCUGUACUACUGAAAGGAAGCAAAGGUGGUUGUGAAAUCAAUCCAGAGAUAAAGGGUCAGGGAGUCUAAUGACUUUGUGGCAUAGCGUCAUCCCUUAGUGCUGGGAAUUGAAGAUACCCCCAUGCUCUCCUGCCAGCGUGUUCUGCGUCAGCCAGCACUGUGGGGUUAGGAGAAGAGCAGGUAGAUGAAGUUUGGCUUGAGGCAAAGAUUUCUGUCUUGGGGACUGACCAGCCAGGGUUCUUUGUAAAUGUUUUUCCUUGCACACUAAUCAUCUUGAAGAAAAGACUAGCUGCUAACUCUAGAAUUUGCCUUUAACAUGUUUAUAGGGCUCAAAAGCAAGGUUUUCCGAAUGUGUUUGUCCAUGUGACAUAUUUAUAUGGUAAAUACUCUAGUCUCGCUGCUGUUCAGUACUCUUAACACGGCGACAUUCUUUCAUUAGCUAAAUUAACAUCCACUUCCAAUCCUUAACACUCUGCCAGUGUCUAGUGAAUCCAAGUGGGAUUUCCAGCGCUUUGGCAUAGCAUAUCACUCUAAUCAAAGGUGGAAACAAUACCAAAACCUGUUUGAGCAUCCCCUUAGUAAGGAGCUUUGUGGUAUUAACAGUUCAUGGAAGCUUGGGAUGAGGCAGUGGUCCCAAGGAGGGGGCUGGUUUGGUUGCCCCCUGUGGCAGGUGAUGACCUUGGAUUGUCCUAUUCCUCCUUCAGCUAUGAUUUCUUUUUUUCUUUUUUUCUUUUUCUUUCUUUCUUUCUUUCUUUUUUUUUUUUUAAUGUGGAAUUGGAUGUUUGGUGGUCAUUCUUUUGCAUUGCAAUGUUGUUGAAAUGCAGCAAAACUGUUUUAGGAAAGGUACCUAUAUUUUCCUGGAUUUAGAAGGAAAGAAAAAAUGAACUGAAAAUCCCCAAGCCCCAAAUUGUAUUGGAAUUUACAAUGUGAGUGUGGAGGGUGUGCCCAGAGCGUGGUGCUAACAGUGUUUUGCAGUUCAGCUCCUCAGUCACAAACAGCAGCAGCGACAGCAGGGACAGGCUGUACCUGCAAGUUCAGUGGGUUUAUUCUUUUGCUUCUGUUAUGGUUUGAAUUUGGUGAAAGUCUCUGGCUUAAAUUGAGCUACUUCAACAGAAUUCUCUCAACCCAUCUCUUUAUGUAAUGUCAAGCAUGACUGAAUGCUGAAUCCAAAUGAUGGCUAUCCCAUAUUGGCUUUUUUUGUAUUCAAAAAGAAUUGUGUAGUAACCAUUUUUACAUGUAUAUCAUGUGCAGACCUGGACUAUUCCAACAAGUUAAUAUUUUAAUUAAAAUAGUUUGCAAAAACUGAUUCAGAUCAACUGGUCUAAAUGUGUGUGUCCCUGUGUGUACCUGUGGGAAGGAAAGCUGUCCUAAAUAAGCCUGAUCUCAAGAGAAAGCAGGUGAAGCCAGAGACUCAAGAUCAGGUUGUACCUUGGAGGUAUAGGAGGAGGAGGUCAUUGGUGUUGAGGAUUUUAAUAUAUCUCAAAUAUUUGUGAGAUAUAUGAACAACUGAAAAAUAUGCUAGAGAGAAGCAAACACUUUCUGAAUCAGUUUGCAAACUCUAUUUUUAAAAGACAAAUUAUUCCAUAUUGUACUUGUCACAGUCAUGCCCUAAAGUUGGUUUUAAAAAUUCUGAAAUCCAUAAAUUGUGGAAACUACUCCAGUACCUCAGCAAAGAUGUUUUUACAUCUUCUGUGUUAAUACUUAACACUGGGGAAAUUCUUCUGUGUGGACUGCUUUGCAAAUUUUAUUGCAGUAUUUUCAGAUCACCAGCUUGACACCUAAAAUCUGUUAUUCUGUGAUUAUUUUUCUUUCCCCUUUGCAAACACCUGAAGUUCUGAUGAAGUUUAGCCCAGAGAUGUAAAACCAGAGGAGCCAGCAUUUUCACCUCUUUAUCUGCUUUGAAAUUUUUUUCAUUUUGUUUAAUCAAAACCAGUGAAAGGGACCACAUUUUUCUUGUUCUCUCUGGUCCCAGGGAGGCAGCAGCCACCUCUCCCAUCCAUGCUGAGCAUUAUGUGUUUUGUUCCUCGGAUGCAGCAUUGAAAUGGAGGUCAGCUCUCUUUCACCUGCAUUCGGUGCCAGCCUGUGAGCUUCAAAGGGGUUGAAGAAACACACGUGGUACGGUACCCAGCUUUCCACAGAAAAUUCUCUGCAGCCAUUCCUUGCCUGACUCGGGAACAGGCUGGCGCCACUCUGUAUCCUGUUCAUCCCCCACGUUUCAGAAGAAUGUGCCUUGCACAUUCGCUGUAACCUGUGCAGAAUGCACUAUGGUAGAUCCUGGAAUAAUGCUGUUUAUUCAGCCCACAGGGAAGAGGGCCUGUUGAACUUCCAGCUGCCCUUCCAGCUUCACCCUGUUCACGUGCCAUUUCUUGGGAGGCAAUAAAUUGUAUUGUACCACUGUC